AUGGGCUACCUGACCGGAAUGCUCUGUAACCAGAACAACAUCAUUGCAGAGGCUAGCCCAUUCACAACUUUGCUCGAGUCGGAGGUUGGGAUGGAUCUCUGCAGGCUAGUUGGGUUUCAAACUCUCGGAGAUGGCCCUCAAACCCAGGAGAAUGUAGCUUGGGGUCAUAUUACUUCCGGCGGAACUGUAGCAAAUCUUGAGUCACUUUGGUACGUUCUCGAAGAUUCCAUAAGUGCAGAAGCUCGUAACCUCAAGUUCUAUCCACUUUCCUUGCGAUGGGCUAUCGAUGAGAAUGCUCUCCCUACCGAGGUUGCUACCAAUUUUCAGGUGGAAACCUGUGACGGUGAAAAGAAGCUUUUCCAGUCUCUCACGCCCUGGGAGCUUCAGAAUCUCAAACCGGAAACAAUUCUAGAUAUUCCCAAAAGAUUUAGAGAUGAGUUUUUCAUAACAUCAACAUUCCUCGAUAACGUGAUGGAUCGAUACAGCAUUCAAACCAUUGGGAGAGGGGCGCUUGAAGCUAAAUUCAAUAUCAUUAAACCUGCUCAGGUUAUGGUAUCAAGUACAAGACAUUACUGUUGGCCUAAGGGCUCCGCUGUCCUCGGGAUUGGAUCCGGAAAUCUGAAAAACAUCCCGAUUGAUAAUCAAGCGCGGAUUGAUAUGGUCGCACUCGAGAAGCAGCUUCGAGACUGCUUGAAGGAUCAGCAGGCUGUCUACACUGUAGUUGCAGUCACCGGCUCAACGGAGGAAGGCUCGGUAGAUCCAGUGGAAGACAUUGUGAAGCUGCGUGAAACCCUGCAGGCAGAGGGUAUGUCAUUCUUGAUCCAUGUUGAUGCUGACUGGGGUGGAUACUUCAAGACUAUGGUACCCCCGUUGGGUGUACCAUACAAAGGCCCUAUCGAUGAGCAAGAAUACGUUGGUGCUCUCAGACUCAGGGAUCACACUGAAACACACUUGAGAGCAAUGGCUCAUGUUAACUCUGUCACCUUGGACCCACACAAAACUGGCUACAUUCCCUAUCCAGCCGGAGCCCUAUGCUAUCGUGAUGAAAGAAUGAGGUUCUUAGUCACGUGGUCGAGUCCUUACAUCUCGGGGGCCGGAAUGGGAGAUAUUGGUAUCUAUGGCAUUGAAGGAAGCAAGCCCGGGGCUGCAGCCUCAGCUACAUACGUCGCGCAUUGCUCUAUUCAGCUGAAUGAAAGCGGAUAUGGAAGCUUGCUAAGCGAAGCCGUUUUCUCAAGCGCCAGGAUAUCUGCCUAUUUCGCCACAAUGGAAACUGGUACCUUCGUUGUUGUACCCUUCAACAUGCUACCGACAGAGGAUCGCAAAGCGGUCAAGAGAUACGGAAGUAGUGAGGCUGUCAAAGCACAGAGGGAAUACAUCUCCAAAAAUAUCCUCGAUAAAGAGAACUGGGAUCUCUCCAAAGAUGAAAAGGCAAUGGAGCUUCUCAGGGAAAUUGGGUCCGAAAUGGUCAUCAAUUCCUUUGCUUGCAACUUCAAAGAUAAGGAUGGAAAAUGGAACGAGGAUGUCGAAGAAGCAAACUUUUACAAUGCAUGUAUCGUCGACAGGCUCCGAGUAGGGGGAGAGACAGCUCCACCAAUUAACGAGACGAAGUUCUUCAUCUCAUCCACCGAGUUCUAUCACUCUCAGUAUGGAAAAUGCGCCGAGGACUAUAAGACUCGUCUUGGCCUCGACUUCAAGUCCCGACGGGAGCUUCCUCAGGACCUGUACAUCUUGAGAAAUGUUUUGACAUCGCCGUUCCUGACCUUUCAGAGAACUAUUCUCAAGGAGGUAAUGGCGGAGUUUGAGAGAGUCGCGGAGGAGCAGGCGAAGGUCCGUCAAGAACGCAACCGACCAGACCUUCCUGAUAUUCAACGAUUCAUCAUGCAAGGCACGGAUAUAUUGCAUCUUGUGCACCAACAUCUCUUCCACAUGGCCGGCCACCGCGAACAGCUCAUUGUAACUGCGGAUAUCCCAUCUGGGCACAUGGAUAGCUAUGUCAAGGCCAGAAAUGAAGAUACUGAGAACCGAACAAUCAUUCUCGUCAGUGAUGAACCAGUGGCUAUGAUAAAUGUUGCAGAAGGAAAGUCUUUUAUGGCAACAGUUCAGUGGCUCGGUAAAGAAAGGGACGAGACACUGAUCAUCGCUAAGGGUGUCCAAGUCACGCUGACAAGGGUUAUCAAGCGGCGUCCUCUAAAUCACAAGUUUCUUGAUGCAAGCUUCGAGUUGGCCUUUACACCCUUUUACCUCUACGGUACUCCGGCCCAGAUGCAUGCAGACCACAUGCUUCUCUCCUCACCAAGCACUCAGAUAUCUGUAAAUCGUGUGUCUUUCGAGGAGGUAGGGAAAACGCUUGAUAAAGACCUCCUCGAAAGAGGUCUGCUGGCAUUUGUUUUGAAUGCUCGAAGGACAAUGGAUCUGGACCUGAACAAAGAGUUCUUCAACAGUCGAAAUUGCUUCAAAGUGUUGAUUUACAUUGAUCCCAACGAGGUGAACGCGGAGGGCCCUGGGCUUGCCCAAGUCGGCGAUGCAAAACCAAUUGCCGAAGGAAACAUGAUUCUUGGGGGAAGCGUUUUCUUUGAUCUGAGGGUGAAUCAAACUCCUGUUCCCGAACCUGAUAUCCGGCCGUUCAGCUACCCCGGUGAGCCGGAAAAGCAGACGCGGCGCGAGUAUCUCAAGGAGUGUAUUGCUCAAAGUCGGGUUUAUUGA